AUGAUAGCAAGGAAGCUUUUAAUAUAUGUACUAAUAGCGGUGAUGUCGAUCCUUUUGUCUUAUACGUGUCGGAGAGGAGCUUUCAGUGGUGGAAAUAUUAUAAAGAGCGGCAUACAUCGGAGAUCAUUUAGCUUCUCGUCGCUUUGGUCGAAAGCCACGGAUGGAGCUAAACCAAGCAGCUGUAUGAUGAGUAGCAAUAUUGAUGGAGGAUUUGAUCAGCUUUCAAACUAUUAUAUUGCGGUCGCAUAUCAAGCAAAAGAUAGGGAGGAAUCUAAUGUGUUCAAAAAGAAACAUGGUACUGAGAGUCCUGCAACACAGUCGCCAACUGGUGAGGACAACUUGUUUGUUUCAAGACAAUAUGAGGAUGGUUCGAUUGCUGUUGGUGUGGCAGAUGGGGUUGGUGGCUGGUCUGAGGCUGGCUACGAUUCAUCAGCAAUAUCUAGAGAAUUGUGCUCAUUUAUAAAAUCUAACUUUGAAACAGAUGACAACCACAGAAACGUUUCCCCAAAAGAUCUUUUAGUAAAAGCCUUUGCUGAUGUGUUGCAAUCUCCAAAGGUGGAAAUUGGUGGCACCACAGCAUGCGUAGGAAUUUUCACCGGAGAUAGGAAAUUGAAGGUUGCAAAUUUAGGUGAUUCUUGGUGUGGUUUGUUUAGAGAUUACAAGCUUAUAGAGGAGACGGGCUUUCAGACUCAUAACUUUAAUACUCCCUACCAAUUAGCCAAAAUUCCAAAAGAGAUAGUAAAGCAAGCGGAAUUACAAGGAAGAAGAUACAUCAUUGAUACACCAGAGAGUGCUGAUGAAUAUAUAUGGGAUUUACAAAAGGAUGAUGUAGUAAUGUUUGCAACUGAUGGUGUUACAGACAAUGUCAUUUCAAAUGAUAUUGAAAUAUUUUUGAGAGACCAAAUCGAGGGUAAAAGGAAUAUUGAUUUAGACGGUAUCUCUAAAACUUUCGUAAAAGAAGUAGUAAGGGUUUCUAAAGAUCAAAAUUUUCCAAGUGCUUUUGCUCAAGAGCUCUCUAAACUAACAGGUCAAAAAUAUUUGGGUGGAAAAGAAGAUGAUAUAACUGUUGUGUUGGUCAAAGUAGCUUAA